CGCGGCCAAUUUGGGGGGCACCCUUUCAUUUCUUCGUCGCCGUCGACAUCUCCGCAGAUCGGAUUAACAUUGCGCUUUGGAGCUUCUUCGUGAAUUCUCUCGUUAACAACAAAUGGCUGUGUCUCUACGCGGCGUCUCUUCCUUCGUCGCCAAGGAAAUCUCAGCCAAUUCCGUCAGGAGGGUAAACGCCUCGACUUCGGCGGCGCACACCGCCGCUGCUGCUCAGGCGGCGGCGUUGAAUAUAGGCUCAGCAGAGCUGCCGAGGAGGACGGCAUGGGUGCCGGACCCGGUCACCGGAUACUACCGCCCUGAGAACGCCGGCGACACCGUCGACCCGGUCGACUUGCGGUCGAUUGUUCUGAAACAAAAGACCGCCAACGAACCGGGACGAGAAACGGCCAAUUAAUUAUCAGCCGUUCGAUCUCAUCUCAUCUCAUCUAAUUUAUUUAUCUGAUUUUAUGUUGAUCCCGGUCAUAUAAUUCGUUCUGCUUACUCAGGAUAGUCCAUUCUCUAGAAUUCUAUAAGAGAGAGAUUGACUAACAAGCAGUUGUUAAUUAUCUGUCAGUUGAUGGAAGCUACACUAAAUAAUAUAAUUGGAUGUUGAUUGAAUUAUUAUGGGGUUUUUAAAUUUAUUAUAAUAAUGU